AUGCGGUGGGCACGGUCCACUUUAAUCCCCUGGGGGAAAUUGUCAGCUCCGAGGAGUUUAGGCAGCAAGUCAGACACAAACGUCAUCGUGGCUUUUUUCCAGCUCGGCCAGGCGUCCGUCAAACUCACCGUGCCAGUCUUCCAGGUUUAUAAUGCGAGAGAAGUAGCACCUGCCUUUCGGAAAGCUAAAGGCUUGGGUGAUUUUGCUGAUGACCCAAGGAAAUACUAUGACCCUCGUCUCCGCAACAAUCACUACGCCCGCAACCUGCUGUGGUUUGACUUUGGCAUGGACCACAACGCUAAUUUCUCAGUGGUUUUGGCUCAGCGUGGAGAGGCCAUGAUCCAUCAAGCUUUUAAGCUGAUUCUGAUAUCAGAGUACUUUGACCAGUCCAUGAUCCUGCUGAGACAUGCACUCUGCUGGCCACUGGAUGCCGUUGUGUCAUUCAGCCUCAACGCUAGGCAGCAGAAGCCGAGCAGCACAGGAGGGAUGAGUGGCAGCUGGAUGGGCAAAGCAGCAGCAGCAGUGGCUGGUGUCAACGUUAGGGGUGCACGCUCACAAGCCAAGACACCGCCCAAUCUUUCCCUAACAGAGGAACAGCGGGAGAAGCUGCGGCAGUGGAACGCCUUAGACUGGUACUUAUACAAAGCCUUUAACCGGACCUUCUGGGAGGAAAUUGACAGGUUUGGUCAUGACCAGAUGGAGCAAGAAGUGGCUCUUCUUAGGAUACGACGGGACGAUCUGGCCCGGGUUUGUCUGAGGGAUGGUGGGAAGCCUGUGGAGGCCCACAGGAUCCGUGACAAAACCAUCCGGCCAUUCCAGAGCGGAUUAGUGAAGAUUCUGGGCUAUGAGCUCCAGCCAGGACUGGACAACAUCACCAGGACGGCCUGUCUGAGGAUGAUCAGGCCUGAGAUUCAAUACAAAGAUGUGUUGGAUGUUAAACAGUUCCCACGGGCUCAGCCUGUCCAAGCCCAGCCAGGGCAACAGGGCCAGGGACUGAUGAUAGCAGCCGGUGGUUCUUUUUUAAGACAAGACUUGUCCAGGACCGGAGGAGAGAAGCUGGUGGGGGGAGAGGCAGGGGGGAGGAUGGUGGAGGAGAGGGAGAGAGACUGGGAUGGAAGCCAUUUAAAAAGAAGCAACCAGACUUUGCUACGAGCACAAGAAAAAGGAAGGUUGAGAUAG